AACUGCAUGACGGUGAAAUUGAAACGGUACGACGUACAGCAGCAGUACAUAUCAUACAUACAGAGAUCGGGAGGGAGUGUACUGUAGUUUGGGCUGUUUGCGCUCCUCACCUGUGCUUUACAGAAACGCACGUCUGUCACAGAUGCAACAAGGAGGACGCAUUUGCCAAAUUUGGUGGAGAUGAGGAGCCACGUCCUCGUCUAACUCUGCAGUAGUAGUAAUAAUGAGCCUGAAGUGCGCUUUCCUCGCAGUGUUAAGUUGUGCUUGUGCGGUUACAAACGCGGCGUCGGGGACGCGCACCUUCUCCAUCGACUACAGCCAUGACCGCUUCCUGAAGGACGGUGCGCCGUUCCAGUACAUCUCCGGCAGUGUCCACUACUUCCGCAUCCCCAGGGCCUACUGGAAGGACCGCCUGCUCAAGAUGUACAUGACCGGCCUCAAUGCUGCUCAGGUAUAUGUACCCUGGAACUUCCAUGAGACCAUACAGGGUGUGUACAACUUCACAGGGGAUCGGGACCUUGAGCACUUUCUGGACCUGGCCAAUCGGACAGGCCUGUUUGUGAUCCUGCGACCAGGACCCUACAUCUGCGCGGAGUGGGAGAUGGGCGGUUUGCCAGCUUGGCUCCUUCAGAAGCCCAAUAUCAUGGUACGGACUGCAGAUCCAGAUUAUCUGCAGGCUGUGAACGACUGGCUGGCUGUUCUCCUUCCCAAGGUGAAGCCGUGGCUGUACGGCAACGGAGGGAACAUCCUCAGCGUGCAGGUGGAGAAUGAAUAUGGCAGCUAUUUUGCCUGUGAUUACAACUACAUGCGGCACUUGCGUGCACUCUUCCGUUACUUCUUGGGCGAUGACACCAUCCUCUUUACCACCGAUGGGAACACCAACCGGGAGAUGACAUGUGGCACACUGCAGGGUCUAUAUGCGACCAUCGACUUCGGUACAGACACCAAUGCCAGCGUUGCCUUUGAUCGCCAGCGCAGGUUCGAGCCACGAGGUCCAUUGGUAAACUCAGAGUUCUAUACAGGCUGGCUGGACCACUGGGGUGAGCAGCAUGCUCACGUGGACACUGAGAAGGUCAGCAACAUGCUGGGGGAGAUGCUCUCCAUGGGUGCCAGUGUUAAUAUGUACAUGUUUGAAGGUGGAACAAACUUUGGUUACUGGAACGGAGCUGACUAUGAUACAAGGUACCGCUCAGUUGUCACUAGCUAUGACUACAACGCCCCCUUGUCGGAGGCUGGAGACCCUACUGACAAGCUGCUGGCCAUUAGGGAGGUCAUAAAAAAGUUUCGUGAUAUCCCACUGGGUCCCAUGCCACCAGCCACACCCAAGUUUGCAUAUGGAUUUGUCGCCAUGAAAAAGGUGGGCAGACUGAGCAGCCUGCUAGACACAAUCUCCCCUCAGGGCCCAGUGAAGUCGCAACAUCUCCUGACCUUUGAGGAGAUGAAGCAGUACUACGGAUACAUGCUUUACCGCACUAAACUGCCUAGAAUGGUGUCCGAUCCAACUCCCCUCAUCUCGCCAUUAAAUGGCAUCCAUGACCGUGCCUACAUCUCCAUCAAUGGGAUGUAUCUGGGCUUCCUGGAGAGAGACACCCAGCUGGUGAUAAAUGUGACAGGGCAGGAGGGGGACCAGAUGGACGUUCUGGUGGAGAACAUGGGCCGGGUCAAUUUUGGGUCCAAGAUUAAUGACUUUAAGGGACUAGUGAGUAACCUCAUCCUUGGUGGAGAUGUGCUCACUGAUUGGCAGAUCUACUCACUGGAUAUUGAUGGUACUAUAGCGGGGGGGUGGCCACACUCAGGGGUGAAGCAGCACCAACCUGGGAUGAUGAGCAACUCAACAGAAGGGCCAGCAUUCUACAUGGGGAUGCUGGAGCCCACAGGUUUUGCUUGGGACACCUUCUUGAAGCUCAGAGGAUGGACCAAGGGUCAGGUAUGGAUUAAUGGAGUCAACCUGGGCAGAUACUGGCCCCAGAGAGGCCCCCAGCAAACACUCUAUGUUCCUGGGCCCCUGCUCAGCAGCUCCCAGCCCAACAACAUCACAGUGCUGGAGCUGGAGGGAGCCCCAGUAGAUACCAGGGUUGUGUUCCUGGAUCGGGCUCAGCUGGACAGCACCAUGGGGACUUCUUGACACUGUUGUGUUACUACAGAGAACAGAGCCCAACCUUCAGCCUUAUUGUUCAAUUAUACAUAUCAAAGUAUACAGUCACAUAAAUCUGCUUGUAUGUGUCUAGUAAUACAAUGCUAAUGCAAAGCAUGACCAUCGAAACUAGUGUUGCUGUGUUUAAAUUGUGGGAACAUGUUCCUUUGCCAUAUACCUAUCUGUAAUAAGCAAAAGAUAAUUUCUACUAAGUGCAACUUUCAUAUAUGUAUUGUAAAACAGAUGAUGGCUUUAAGAUUUGUCGAUUGCUCAGGAAUGAAAGAAACAUCAGAUUACAGCAUUCCUGCUGUGAUGUGAUCACGAAAAAGUCAAUGAGUUUUAGUUGGCUUUAUACAUUUAUGAUGUUUUCAAGGUGGCUAAUAAAUCACAGGAAUAUAUGUAAUGGAUUACAUGUAUUAUAGAUUGUACUUAAGUAUUAUUUAGAUGAACCAGAUAUACAAGCCAGUGUUAAGAAGUAAAUGGAUAAUGCAGUAUGAAAUCACAUUGUUUUUAAACUCAGUGAAAGAUUUGGGGAAAAUUUAGUCUAAGUUGAGACUUGUGAGAAAAGUAAAAAGGCAUAAGUAAAAAAUGGAUUGCUAUCCAGAAUAGAGGCCUGAUAAUGUUUUUUAUCUCUAGGUAUACUUUAUAUUUUUAAUUAUGUGUGAUUUAAAUUAUUCACCCCAUUAAAACUAUUUUUCCU